UUGCGGAAUAUGAAAAUGCGUACAAAAACAGGUGAACAGUUAUUCGAUGUAGUUUAUCGAGAAGAAACUCUGCUGAACGUGAUUCGAUCAGUUACUAGAAACGGAAGAUCUAUCAUACUAACAGCAGUUUUAGCUUUGAUUUUGGUUUAUAUGUUUUCGAUUAUUGGGUACAUGUUCUUCAAAAACGACUUCAUUGUCAGUGUUAACAGAAAAGAUGAAUCAUGUGAAUCUAUAUCAGAAAUGACCGGUAAGUUUUAUAAGGAAGUUGAAAGUGGGAAUCAUUGUGAGCUAGUGGACGAUGGUGAAGAGAUAAAAGAAAGGGCCUGUGAUUCUUUGCGAAUGUGCAUAAUAACUACAUUAAACCAAGGCUUGAGAAAUGGCGGUGGAAUCGGUGAUAUACUGAGAGCUCCCAGUAAUGAGGAAACCCUUUUCGUAGCUAGAGUUGUAUAUGACUUACUUUUCUUCUUUGUUGUUAUCAUAAUUGUUCUCAAUUUGAUAUUUGGAGUUAUCAUUGACACGUUUGCUGAUUUGAGAUCUGAGAAACAAGAAAAGGAGUUGAAUCUGAAGAAUACUUGUUUCAUUUGUGGUAU